UACUUAUUUGUCAGGAAUCACAUGAUUAUUGUCCUGCUAUUUUUUCUAAUCCAAUUUAGUCAGGCUUAAUGGCCCACUAAGUUGCUGCCAAAAAAAAAGGAUAGAUCUGGUAUUCUUGAUACUUAUAAAAGACACAACGUCCUCUUCUCAAACAUACGAUCACAUGAGAGACAUGACAUCAUCUAGCUAGUAGGGCAGAGAAGAAAAACCAAUGUCUGAGAUGGAGAGGGAUCUCGGCCGCCGGCGAUCCUCUUAUUUUUCCGGGUGUUAUAUGAUGUCCCCAUCAUGCUUCCCUGUGCAUGAAGAAAUGGAGUACUCACGCAUUCAUUAUUGCAGCAGCAGUGACAAGAGAAGGAGGAGAUGGAGGAAUCUGCUGAGGAGGUUGUUAAGGGAUGGGAAGAAUAGCAUAUAUGGAUCAAAGCCAUUGUCUUUUCACUAUGAUGCAGUUAGCUAUUCUCAGAAUUUUGAUGAGGGUUGUCAUCAUGAAGAAUCUGGCCAUUGCCGGCGAGUGUUUCAGGAUGUUAGAUGGGAAGUACAUGAGUAAUGCUGUGUUUAUCUAUGUGCUGUUUUUCGUUUUCCUGUUUGUCGUAAUAUAUAUAUUAAGACCUGCAAUUAAGUU